GUGUUACUUGUGCUUCAGGCUUCACAGCAACAACUUGUGGACACAUAUUAUAGCAACAAAUGAGCUCUGAUAUGCAGGAGGGCCAAGAUGGGCAGCAGCUCCAGCCAAAGAGGCGAGCCAGCUUCACAGAGCCGUUGAUGAAGCUGUCUUCGUACCUGCUGGCCUUGCGACCGUGGUCCUUCUCAGCAUCACUCAUGCCAGUUCUUUUGGGCUGUGCACUAGCUUAUAAGGUAUCUGGAGAGCUGAACCUGGUCGGUGUGUUCCUCACUGCCGUCACCGCUAUCGCCGUGCACGCCGCCGGCAACGUGGUCAACACGCUCUACGACUUCGUCAAGGGCGUGGACGUGUCCCGGAGCGACGACCGUGUGCUGGUGGAUCACCUGCUCACCAAGGAUGAGCUGAACACGCUGGGCGUGCUGCUGUAUCUCGUUGGAUGCCUCGGGUUCAGUCUGCUUACCGUCGUCUCAGCGGCGCGAAUGGAGCACCUCGCGUUUGUGUUCUUCGGCGGCCUGUCCAGCUCGUUCCUCUACACAGGCGGACCGGGACUGAAGUAUCUCGGCCUGGGAGAUAUCCUGAUUCUGGUGAUAUUCGGUCCGAUCAGUGUGUUGUUCUCGUUCCUGGCGCAGACGGGUUAUGUCCAGUGGCCGGCAAUGUUGUACGCCGUGCCGCUAGCGCUCAACACCGAGGCCAUCCUUCACAGCAACAACACACGCGAUCUGCAAGCUGACAAGGCGGCCGGCAUCGUCACCCUGGCCAUCACCAUUGGCUACACGGCGUCGCGCCUCCUGUACGCGCUGCUACUAUUCACGCCGUACGUGCUCUGCAUUGUUCACGGUGUUAACUACUCCUCGUGGCUGCUGCUGCCCUGUGUCACCAUGCCCACCGCCUUCAAAAUCGAGCGCGAGUUCCGCACGGUCAGUAUGCAGGACACGCCCAAGAACACGGCCAAGCUGAACGCCUACCUGGGCCUGUGUCUGGUGUUGGCUGUGCUGAUGUCUGAUGCGAACACUCUGCCCUACCUGACACCGCAGAGGGCGUGACGAGCGGACGGACGGGCCGCAGCACAGGAGAAGCAUAUGUAGCUCAGCCGCUUAUGCGGUUGGGUAGGUGGCGCAUUGCUAGCCAUCAUGAUCAGGUGACAGGUUUCUUGACGGCCCUGAGCGACACCCCGUGGCCGUUCUGUUCGAUGACCAUCUUUUGGAGACGGAUGGGCUGUGGUCGACCCCGGGCGAUCGGAGAAGCCUGAGAAAGAGUGGGAAGAUACCACCUUAUAUGAUUCUCGUGGCCAUUACUGCGACAGUAUAUCUUGCCUAUUGCUGUAUACGGAGAGGCGUUGUUACUUGUUAUGCGUCUGUUAUUUUUUCGGUGUUUUUAUGUUUAUAGUGAACUGUGGUAAGCCAGCCUGUGGCGGGUCUCUAAACUAAAUGCUUCCUGUGAACGGUUGUAUGUCGUUCUGAAACUCGCGCUGUGUCAUGGAACAUCAUUACUCUCACGCUUUAGUGCGCGCGCCAUCGUUUUUUCACCCUUUAAACCGCAGGAAGCGGUCUAAUACUCAGCGCCGUGUGUCGCGUAUUUAUUGUUUGUUACCAACAGAGAGAACAUACAGAGUGAAACGCA